ACUAUAGAAUUUUCGUGUACAUAUAUUUCGAGAAUAGGGUCCCGGGUCCAAUGAACGCAUUCCUGUAGACGGAACGCUAGGUCCGCGAUCGCGAAAUGCGAAUGCGCUCAGUUGCGGAUCGCGUCGGCCGUGCGCACGCGUGAGUCGCGCGCGACAAGCAAAAAUAAGAUGGCCGACCGACGAAGUAAAUAGAGCGCCGUCGUAAAUAACACAAGCCGUCCGAGCACGUUUUUAGCGUGGGCCGCCUAACAUUCGCACGUGUGUUCGCGCGACUUACGGCCGGUCGGCGUUUUCGGCUGAUCCCGCGGCGUCCGCUCGACGACGGCGCCGCUCACCGCGUGCCUCCGCCGUGCGAAAACGCGCGCGCGUGCCCGCACGCACGUAGCACGCUUGCUUCCUCCCUCGGCCGUCCGUUCGCUCACACUCGACUCGUGUUUUGUCGGUCCUCCCGCUCCCGGAAGAACAAGGCACUCCGGUUUCUCCCUCGCUGCCGUGACGCGACGACGCGCGUGCAUCGCGCGCCGCGCGUAGUCCGAAUCCUAUCGAGGGUGAGGAGGGCACGCGGCGGUGGCGGGACCCCACCGAGAGAAAGAAAGAGGAGAGAGGCCAUCAACGGAGCCUCCUACCGCCGCGGAGACGUCGCGUCAUCGUCAGAAUGCGAUCGUGCGACACGCACGACACGAGCCACUUCGCACCACGUAGCCGAUGCCCGCGGUCCGUCGCCUAGCUCCUCAUGCUAGUCUCGUCUUCCGAAUUGCUUGGGGCACAGCAUGAAGGAGAUGCUCGGAGGGUGCUGCGUGUGUUCUGACGAGAGGGGUUGGACAGAGAAUCCACUGGUCUAUUGCGAUGGACAAGGUUGCACUGUUGCUGUACACCAAGCGUGCUAUGGCAUCGUCACUGUACCAACAGGCCCAUGGUAUUGCAGGAAAUGCGAGUCGCAGGAACGUAGUGCUCGAGUGCGCUGUGAAUUAUGUCCGAGUCGGGAUGGAGCCCUUAAAAGGACAGACCAAGCUGGUUGGGCGCACGUCGUGUGCGCUCUCUAUAUUCCAGAAGUUCGAUUUGGUAAUGUGACUACGAUGGAGCCAAUUAUAUUACAACUUAUUCCUCCAGAAAGAUUUAACAAGACAUGUUACAUCUGUGAGGAACAAGGCAGAGGUAGUAGAGCUAAUGUAGGAGCCUGCAUGCAGUGUAAUAAAACUGGCUGCAGGCAACAAUUUCAUGUCACUUGUGCACAGGCUCUGGGCUUGCUCUGUGAAGAAGCUGGCAAUUAUCUUGAUAAUGUUAAAUAUUGCGGUUACUGCCAACAUCAUUAUUCAAAAUUGAAAAAGGGCGGUAAUGUGAAGACGAUACCACCAUACAAGCCGAUACCUGCCGACAACGGUUCGUCGGACUCGUCGCCGGAAAAAGAGGCGGAGACUCCGAUAAAGUCGUCGAGCGGUAAGCGGAAGAGCUCGAGUUCCAAGUCCAGCGCAAAUUCUAAGAGUAAAUCCAAUGCUAGUCCCAGUUUAGAGAUAAAUGGCAUCGCAGACGACAAGAGCGGUGGUAGUGGUCGCAAUACGCCCAAAGAUAAUUCCACAAGUUCCAGCAAAUUCACGACCUCUAACUUUGUCGAGACAAUUGUUACACAAUCGGAGAGCGUGUUCGGACAUGAAGGUGGUGGCGGUACGGUUACUACCGUCGCUACAACAGCGGUUACUUCUGCAAUGAAGACGAGCACCGGCAAUUCCAACGCGGCGCACAAGAACAUCGGAGGCCAAGGGAAAUCCAAUUCAUCGGCUUCCAACAAGACAUCGAGCCAUACCAGCAAGAAGCGAAAAACUGGAGCGCGUACGCCGACGGUGAUAGGCAAUGACAACUCGAAUCAAUCGGCUAGUUCGGAGGCUAGCGGUUCGGUCGUUAUGGCAGUUAGCUCUAUGGUGCAACAGACGGUUCCGAGUAAUAAUGUACAGCCGACAAUCACUGAAGCCACUAGCUUAAGCACAACUACGGAACCGGAAAAAUCAAAGAAGAUGAAAGUCGACAGCCCGAUUCAAUCGUCAUCGAGCACGCCGGUCGCUACGGAGGCAACUACCACACCUGUGAUAAUGUCAGUGACGCAGUCGCAGCCCACGGUCGUCACCCAGUCCCCGACAACUACGUCGAACAGUAUCGUUGUUUCCGUACCGUUGACCGCCACCUCGCUCGCCAACACUGUCCAGAGUGUGGUAACCAGCGCACCGACGAUGUACCAGCAGGUGCAGCAGAGCAUAAUCACCACGGUGGCCAGUACCGAGCCACGAACGAGCGCUAUACCGAACACUGAGAGAUUCGUUGCUGAGGAAGCACCGGUAAAACGAUCUCGUUCCCAGUCGUCGGACAAACAAGAGAAGCCUCGCAAACCGAAGCGCGGCUCGUCCAACAGCCAAACGUUACUACCGCAAUCGCAAUCAACAGUUCCAUCGGUCGUAACUUCUGUAUCCAGCACCGCAGUCGUGACGACGUCUAAAAGAGGCGCAAGAAAUAAUCAUCAAACGCCUCCACCUGCCGCCACCGUGGCCCCGGUACCAUCCAUUAUUCAAGGUCCUGCAUCGGCUACUGUUGGACACUUCAGUAGUGUCAGUGCAGGUACAGGUUCUGCGAAUAUUAUGGGACCGAUUGUCAAAGAGUCACCGCCUAGUAGUCCUGGAUCAGAAUGUAUGAGUAGUAGCACGGGAAAACGAAAGAGAAAAACUGCUGUGUCUACGCCUGUCCCAUCCGCAUCGACUACACCUACUGGUUUUGCUAACACCACGAUAAAGGAAGAGAAUAAUGUGAAACUGUUUCAAAAUGGUGUCAGUGCACCGCACAUGUUAGGGAAUCAGCUGAAUCCUACUUCGACCAUGGCGCAAAAAAUGUCAGAUACGCUCUCGCAGGAACUCGAGGCACAUUCUAUUUUUACAGAGGCGAGUAACACAAAUACGAACUUGAUUGGACCGCAGCUGCACAGUCGAGUAAUAGCAUCUCAGAUACGAUCUAGCCAGCCAGGCGCACCGCCUACUUCAUUCUCUUGUUUUUCUACGAACGGUAGUAAUGCGAGUUUUAGUACAGCCAGUAACAGUGGCUUAGGUAGUGGAGCGAUCCCGCAGACACUGGAUCAACUCUUAGAGAGACAAUGGGAACAGGGAAGUCAAUUUUUAAUGGAACAGGCCCAACAUUUUGAUAUUGCAUCCCUACUUUCCUGCCUACAUCAAUUGAGAGCUGAGAACCUUAGGCUAGAGGAACAUGUAAGUAAUCUCGUGCAAAGGAGAGACCACUUGUUGGCUGUGAAUGCUAGACUUGCUAUUCCGUUGACAACUCAGCCUAGUUCACAUCCAGUGAAUAAUAUACAUCCAACCGUGAAUCCGUCUCAUUCUAACGUUUCACAUUCAGAAGUGCCACCCGGCGCUCCGGCAUCGGUACCUAGAGUGAGUCGUGAACCACGAGUGAAUAACACAUACAUGCCGCACUCUAGUUCCGGUAGCCAUCCGACGUUAGAAAAUGGUUUGCCGCCGGAUCCUUCCCCGCCUGCGGCGGCUUCUCUCGCUCAGUAUCACCGAGGAUCAUUAGUAGCGCCGCAACCCAGCCCAACAAUAAGGCAUAGUCCGGCCGGAGGUGGAUACCUUCAGGGUCAAUCAAGUAACAUAGUGUCGCCGGCGCCGGCAAACACCUCCGGCGUCGUACGAAACUCAUCCGUUACGCCAGAUCCACUGCGUGGUGUACCGAGGUCGGCGUCACAAUCGUCGAGCAAUUACAUGCCGUCGAUGUACCAGCCCACCAUGUCCAGUCUUACCAGUAACCAAGUGGGCGGAGUUCAUAAUCUCCACUCCCACGGACCACCGGGCAAACCCAGCUGAAGCGUACCACCGUUGAAAUGUGCCGCAGCGCGUGUACUGUAUGACAAUGAUGAUAUCGAGUGCAACCUAUUUCAAAGCUAAUUUAAUGUAAUAUUCUAAUCUUAUAUACACACGUAAAAAAAA